AUGGGUUCUUACUGGGACCCCAUCACAGGAGCCCAUUUGACUUGUGCUCUGUCAGCUACGUUGGUUGCCAGUGAAGUACCAAGUGAAAUUCAAGCCUAUGGUCUUUACCUUCAAGGCCCUGAGAAGCCAGAGACCAUCAUAUCUGCAGGACUACCUCUCCUAAUAUACCCUCAGGAGAGUGCUUUGCUCCAUGGAAAUGACCUGUAUAAAAUUAGUUCUGGUUAUGCUGAAAAGUAUUGUGAUAUGGUGCCUGUGAAAGAAGUUUGUUACAAGAAUGACCGACCCAAUAAAUAUAGCCACAGAAGUUGUGGGAUUGGGCUUGAUGUCGAUGACGUUCCUUCACAUCGUGCGUCUUACCUGGAGGAGCUGGAGGAACAUAAAUUCUCUGUACGGUGUCAUCCUGCUGUUGACUCACGAGUGACUAAAAGGAUCACCAAGCAUAUCUCUUUUGGGGUGCACGCAGCCUUUUCUGAACUUGGGGAUGGACACUGGCACUCCUGGGACUUCUGGCUCAUGAUGAUGCUGGCGGUUUUGUUCUGGUUUGUCCGACUGUAUCUCCACUAUUGCAGUCAAUGGAUUUUCCUUCAAGCUAUCGCAGUUCCUGUCACAAAAUUCCAGUUCUUCCCUCACACAGUGGAUUUGUGCUACCAACAUUCUUUGGUACAUACCCGUGAAGAGAUGGCUGUCGUCGUGGUAGGACCUUUGACCUUGAACACAGUGAUGCUUCUUAUGGUUUUGAUGAGAUGGGCCUGUCAGCUGUUGUUUGGCUCAUUCCCUUCUUUCUUGUCAAAGCUGAUCAUGACUUGGGGACUGUGGACAGUACUAGACCCCUUGGCAGUGUUUGUAGUGGAUACAUUCCUGGGGCGCCUUCAUUACACUCCAGAUAAACCCAUUGCUGAUUGUGCCAAGCUGUACUGGCUGUUUUUAAGAACAGAAGGAUCUGGAAUCCCCGGCAUAUUGAUCACCCUCCUGCUUUACACCAUUCUGUUCUUCAUUUCGGCGACAGUGUGGUACCUGUAUUUUGUAAGAAUGCACAAUGAAGGCUGGUUGUUAGAUAUAUACCAGCGGGUUCAGCAUGAAGAGGCCCAUUGCUUUGUUCCUUUUGACCUGGAAGUCUCUAACCAAGAGCUGAGCUACAUUGUUAAAAAGGCAGAACAAUGGAGAGGAAGUAGCGGUGAACGAAGAACUGUGGCAGUCUAUGAUUAUGUCUGGAAAGAUGGUACUAAGCAGCCUGAUAUCUCUAACAGUGACCUCCAUCAUCACGGUGAACAACAGAAAUCAGUUAAAAACUCAGAAGGCAUCACUGUUCAUGUAGUUAUAUACACUGUUCACCUUGGGGGCUUCCAAGAACUGUACAGGCACUUUCUUCGACUGCCCAAUGGUGCUAUCACUGAGACUUUCUGUGACAUUAAUGGAAUAAAUUUUGUAUACAAUGAAGCUGGCUCAGUCAUUCAGGAGCACGUAAGUGAAAUGGAUAAUAUGCUGGGAACUUCUUCAGACAUCAAGAUAAGGGAAAGAAGCAAGAGAACAGCAAGGUGGAAAGGCAAUCUUGGCAUGAACUAAUUCAUCAAUUUGAGGAUGCACAUAUCAUCAGGCACCGAACAGUCUUCAUCAUGAUCAAAUAAGAUUUUUUUCAUCUUGCAUGUUUGCCUAUACUGGAUGAUACAGAUGACUUCAGACUGGGUUAAAAUUGCAAAAAUUUUUUGCUCUUUUUGACUUCGCUGUUUUGGCUCCUGGAACAUGUACUGUGAACCACAAGAGAAAUGUCGAUUUUAUUCCUAGGCUGUCCACUGAUUAUUAGCCUGUUGAGCCCUGAUACCUAGUAAAACCAGGUUUUCUUUGGUUUGUUCAACACACACACACACUUACUACUCCUCACACAAGUAAUAAAUAUACCACUACCAGUACAUCUAGGCUACUGCCCACUAAUGGGAUACUGAUCUCUGCACUCAGUAAAUAAAUAACA